CGGGAGAUGCAGGGCAAGGCAGACCUCUCGAGUUGUUGUCUCUAAAUCGGCGCUUGUCCUCUCUCCCCUUCAGUGUGUCGGGGAAGGAUUCUCUUGGCAGGUGGUAGGUGCCAGGUGGUGUGCCGAACCUGCAGGGAACGUAAAGAACGCCAUAACUGAGGUUGCCCGAAGACGGCCUAGCUGUUAGAAAGAUGGCGACCGCUGCUGCAGCUUCGCUCCGCCACGUGGCAACUGCUCACUGUAUCGCCUCGACGUCGGCAGCGGCGGCUACCAAUUCGACACGUCUCCAGGCUUCUGCUCGGGGUUCUCCGUUGAGGUUGUGUGCGUCGCAGCGGUCGGGAUCCCGAUCACUCUCUUUUGCCGCGAGGAAGAGCGUGUGGAAAGUCUCUACGCGGAGGACGACAGUCAGAUGCAGUGCGGAUGCAUCUGGAGCUGCUACGGCUGAGGUCGACUCGGCUGUGCUUGGAAAGGUGAUGGAUGUUAUUGCUGAGAAGUCUGGAGUUGAGAGGGACCAGGUUAAGCCAGAAAGUGGCUUUGACGAGCUGGAAAUUGAUUCUCUUGAUCAGGUGGAUAUCAUGAUGAGUUUGGAGGACGAGUACGGAAUUAGCCUGGGAGAGGAGAAUGCUGCCAAGUUGACGUCUGUCAUGGAUGUGGCAAAAUUGAUUGCCGAGGAGCUGAAGAAGCCCAAGGCGUAAUACAGCCCGAGGAGUUGAGAGGCGGACUCGGCUCCUGAAUGGCUCGGGAGACUUCCCGACCGACAUGUAUUUUUGCACAUCUGGAUGUGAUGUGUCUCAGAAGCUCAGAACAGAGCCUUGUAAUUUCUCCCAAUUCCAUCUUUAAAAGUAACUCUUUCAGUUCGGGUCCUGUUCCAUUUGGCAGCUAUUUGUUCCAGAGACAGUGCUGUUGGACCAUUGUUGCAGACAGUCCCGUUCGGGGACACUGUCUCUUGGAGUGCAGUGGUGGGAUAGUCGUAUGUUGCUGUGGGUUUGAGUCUUGGGGCUUGUUCUCAACAUGUCCUCGGGUUUGUUGUCUAGGAGGUAUCUCCUUGGGUGCAGAUCGGAGACCACUUAUGUGGUCAAAUGUUCAAACGACUCAAUUGUACAGAAAACUGGUAGUCGUACCUGUUAACCUGUACUUCCAGGCCUGAUGGCCCCCACAGCAAUAAUAUGAGAAUGGGGAGGGGGAAAGGGGGGAAGGGGAAAUAUGACUUCAGACGAUGUGCCCAUUGCUUGGGGCUUGGUUUCGAAAGUUGAACAGGAAAAAAAAAAGAGCUACGAAUGUACUGUGGGAGAGACUUCACACAGAGAGAGAGAGAGAGAGAGAGAGAGAGAGAGAGAGAGAGAGAGAGAGNAGAGAGAGAGAGAGAGAGAGAGAGAGAGAGAGAGAGAGAGAGAGAGAGAGAGAGAGAGAGAGAGAGCAAGUGGUAGUCUUCUUGCAGGGGCAGCUGUAGUGUAGUCGGGCUGUUCGUUACAUUUGGAAAGUUUACCACCAGCACUAGAGUAUAGUAUCGGUCCGUGAUUGAUGGCUCCAACAUGCAGGGCAUGUUAGCUGCCCGGUAGAACUUUUGUGGAGGGACUUUAGGGGCAUAGACAAAUGCCCUCAAAAGUGUGCAUGAAGCAGGUUUCUGCUUUUAUGUAUCCAUAUCAAUCUCUUUGUAUUGAUGAUGUGAAACUUCAAAAUUUUGGUUGUGACACAUGCCAUUGGUUAAAGAUGGAUGAAUGCGUUUUGCAAAAGCGUG